AGCUGGGUCUCAGCAGUUUCCCCCCACCUCCCGGGGCACUGUGGUUUGGGGGAAAGCCUAUUGUAUCCCCUCAUGGCUUCUCUUCCCUUUUCCUGUUUUUGGUUUGCAUUAUUUCCCCCUAAGAGCAUUCUUUGAACUUUCUGGAAACUCCUCCUGGAGUCUUCUCAUCUGUUCCUAGUUUAACACUAUAGGGUUCUGCUUUGUAGGUUGUAGCCUUCUGGAAGCGUUUCUCCAAAUUUAGCAUUGGGUACCUGUUUUGCUGUUUUGUUGCCAUCCCAGUCUGUCUGGGGAAAAGAAGGACUUACCUUGAGUGUAGGAGCAGGGCUUCUGAGAAAAACCUAAGACUUCUAACUCCCAAGUUUACAGAGCUCUGCCAAAGGUGGAUUUACAGAGAAGAGGAAAAGCACUAACAAGCUAUACUCUGUCAAGUGCAAAGAAAUCAUUUAGCCUCUCUGAGAUCCACCAGAAAUAAGCUACUGUUUGUGAAACUCUGGGAUAAUCCACCUGAUUUAAGCCUUGCAUUUAGUUACUUAGAGCAUUCCUGCACAUGCAUUUGCUGGCAUGCGCACGCACAGAUGCACAUAUCUAUCUCUUUGUGCCCUUUGUCCAGCCUCUGAUGACGUCUGUCCUCUCCAGGAGGCUGGAAUCCAAGGCUUCUAAGACGUGGCUUCUGGAAAGCUCUUCCUUCUGCUUAGCCAAGGGGACAUUUCUCUCCUUCUUCCCCUGGAGAAUCAUUGGCCAUUGGUGCAGUGGUUGGGGCAUGGAUCAGAACCACCCUCAUGUUCUGGGGCUUCGUCUCUAAAGCACAGAUCUUACAGGUGAACAAGGUGAUGUCCAUCUUGUUUUAUGUGAUAUUUCUCGCUUAUCUCCGUGGCAUCCAAGGUAACAACAUGGAUCAAAGGAGUUUGCCAGAAGACUCACUAAAUUCCCUGAUUAUUAAGCUGAUCCAGGCGGAUAUUUUGAAAAACAAGCUUUCCAAGCAGAUGGUGGACGUUAAGGAAAACUACCAGAGCGCGCUGCCCAAAGCAGAGGCCCCCCGGGAGCCGGAGCGGGGCGAGCCCCCCAAGGCGGAGUUUCAGCCGAUGAUUGCGAUGGACACGGAACUGCUGCGGCAGCAGAGACGCUACAACUCCCCCCGGGUCCUGCUGAGCGACAGCACCCCCUUGGAGCCCCCGCCCUUGUACCUCAUGGAGGAUUACGUGGGCAACCCUGUGGCGGCGAACAGAACAUCGCGGCGGAAGAGGUACGCGGAGCACAAGAGUCACCGAGGGGAGUACUCUGUGUGUGACAGCGAGAGUCUGUGGGUGACCGACAAGUCGUCGGCCAUCGACAUUCGGGGACACCAGGUCACGGUGCUGGGGGAGAUCAAAACCGGCAACUCCCCCGUCAAACAAUAUUUUUAUGAGACGAGAUGUAAAGAAGCCAGGCCCGUGAAAAAUGGUUGCAGGGGGAUUGACGAUAAACACUGGAACUCGCAGUGCAAAACGUCCCAAACCUACGUCCGAGCACUGACGUCAGAAAACAACAAACUCGUGGGCUGGCGAUGGAUACGGAUAGACACCUCCUGUGUGUGUGCCUUGUCGAGAAAAAUCGGAAGAACAUGAAUUGGCAUCUCUCCCCAUAUAUAAAUUAUUACUUUAAAUUAUAUGAUAUGCAUGUAGCAUAUAAAUGUUUAUAUUGUUUUUAUAUAUUAUAAGUUGACCUUUAUUUAUUAAACUUCAGCAACCCUACAGUAUAUAAGCUUUUUUCUCAAUAAAAUCAGUGUGCUUGCCUUCCCUCAGGCCUCUCCCAUCUGUUAAACCUUAUUUUGUGACCCAGCUCCCGGGAGCCGCUCUGUAAAAUCUGUGUACACCAGUAUUUUGCAUUCAGUAUUGUCAAGGCCAUGACUGUCGUUUUAGUAAACUUGUUGAACUCGGA